AUGGGGUCCCCGGAGGACCAGGCUUUCGGCCUCCUGAGCGAAUACGCCAACGGCUUCAUGGUCUCCCAGGUUCUGUUCGCCGCCUGCGACCUGGGGGUGUUUGACCUCCUGGCGCAGGCCCCAGAGCCCCUGGGCGCGGCGGCAGUGGCCGCUCGUCUGGGCACCAGCGGCCACGGGACGGAGUUGCUGCUGGACGCCUGCGCGUCGCUGCGGCUGCUCGCGGUGGAGACACAGGCGGGGCAGGCCGCCUACGCCAACACGGCGCUGUCGGCCGCCUACCUGGUCAGCGCCAGCCCCACCAGCCAGCUGGACAUGCUGCGGUACCUGGGUCGCACCACCUACCUGUGCUGGGCGCACCUGGCGGAGGCCGUGAGGCAAGGGAGGAACCAGUACGGGCAGGCGUUCGGGGUGCCCUCCGGAGACCUCUUCGCUGCCGUGUACAGGUCGGAGGGCGAGCGCCUGCGCUUCAUGCGGGCGCUGCAGGACGUGUGGCGCGUCCACGGGAGACGGCUGAUGGCUACCUUCGACCUGUCCACAUUCCCGGUCAUCUGCGACCUUGGCGGUGAGUAUCUGCCGGUGGCGCGAGCUUCCAGGUGUCAAGCCCCUCCCCGCCGGCCUGCUCUGUCUGUUCCAGGCUGCUCCGGGGCGCUGGCCAGGGAGUGCCUUUCUCUGUACCCCGGGUGCCAGGUCACCGUCUUCGACCUCCCUGAGGUGGUGCUGGCGGCCAAGACGCACUUCUCACCCCCCGAGGGAGGACCGAUCGGCUUCCUGGCAGGCGACUUCUUUAAAGACCCCCUUCCGGAAGCCGACCUGUACAUCCUGGCCCGUGUCCUGCACGACUGGACGGACCAGGCGUGCUCACAGCUGCUGGCCAGGGUCCAUCAGGCCUGCCGUGCAGGAGGCGGAGUCCUGGUCGUCGAGAGCCUGCUGGACAGCGACGGGCGGGGCCCCCUCCCCACGCAGCUCUACUCCCUGAACAUGCUGGUGCAGACCGAGGGGCGCGAGCGGACGCCCGCCCAGUACCACGCGCUGCUGGCCGCCGCGGGCUUCCGGGACAUCCAGGACGGGGGCACCCGGGGCCUUUAUGACGCCAUCUUGGCGAGGAAGUGA